GAGCUUUUUGUCAAUCUAUUCUUUAUAAAAACAAAAACCCAGCUAUCAGUUUCGGCAAGCAAAAGCAAAAAUAUUUGCCAAAGACAAAAACGAAGAAGAGUAGAUUAAGCAUUCAAACGCAUCAACAAAGCUAACAUGCGCCCCGAGUUUACGUCAUCUUCUUCUUUGCCCACCGAUAGGCGGUUAAGCGCUCUGGUCAGACACCUUGCAACCGCGUCGCCGUUGAUGGAGUCUCAAACCGCCGUAUCAUUUUCUGCCACGGCCAGUUUUCACGGGGAGUCGGUUUUCUCUCACGUCGUUCGUGCCCCUGAAGAUCCCAUUCUCGGAGUGACCGUUGCAUAUAACAAAGAUCCCAGUCCUGUUAAGUUGAAUUUAGGAGUUGGUGCUUAUCGAACCGAGGAAGGAAAGCCUCUUGUUCUUAAUGUGGUAAGAAAAGCAGAGCAAAUGUUGGUCAACGACAGGUCACGUGUUAAGGAAUAUCUUCCCAUUGUUGGAUUAGCAGAAUUCAAUCAUUUAAGUGCUAAGCUCAUUUUCGGUGCUGACAGCCCUGCUAUUCGAGAGAAUCGGGUUACUACAGUUCAAUGUUUGUCUGGGACCGGUUCAUUGAGAGUUGGAGCUGAAUUUUUGGCUAGGCAUUAUCAUCAACGCACUAUCUACAUUCCACAGCCAACAUGGGGAAACCACCCCAAGAUUUUUACUCUGUCAGGACUAUCUGUGAAAACUUACCGCUACUAUGAUCCAGCAACACGUGGAUUGAAUUUCCGGGGGUUAUUGGAGGACCUUGGUUCUGCCCCUUCUGGAGCUAUUGUGCUUCUUCAUGCCUGUGCUCAUAAUCCCACUGGUGUGGAUCCCACCCUUCAGCAGUGGGAGCAAAUUAGGAGGUUGAUGAGAUCAAAGGCGCUGUUACCUUUCUUUGAUAGUGCUUAUCAGGGUUUUGCUAGUGGCAAUCUGGAUGCAGAUGCACAGUCUGUUCGCAUGUUUGUUGCUGAUGGUGGUGAAUGCUUUGUAGCUCAGAGUUAUGCGAAGAACAUGGGCCUCUAUGGGGAACGUGUUGGUGCACUAAGUGUUGUCUGCAAGACAGCUGAUGUAGCAAGCAGGGUUGAGAGCCAGUUGAAACUUGUUAUUCGGCCCAUGUUUUCAAAUCCACCGAUUCAUGGUGCAUCUAUUGUGGCUACCGUCCUGAAGGACAGAAACAUGUACAAUGAAUGGACUAUUGAGUUGAAGGCAAUGGCUGACCGCAUCAUCAGCAUGCGCCAACAACUUUUUGAUGCUUUGCGCGCUAGAGGAACACCUGGUGACUGGAGCCAUAUUAUCAAACAAAUCGGAAUGUUUACCUUCACUGGACUGAAUUCAGAGCAAGUAGCCUUUAUGACCAGAGAAUACCACAUCUACAUGACUUCUGAUGGGAGGAUUAGCAUGGCAGGUCUGAGCUCCAAGACUGUCCCUCAUCUUGCUGAUGCAAUUCAUGCUGCCGUUACUCGUAUGUCAUAGAAACCUUUCACAGCCAAUCAUAUCAAUUGUAUUUGUUUUUCCGCUUCUCUGUUACCAUUUCAAUAAUAAUUGUAACCCUCAAUACACUGAAAGGGCAAAAAUAAAUUCACUUCAAUAGCUUUUAUGGUGAA